GUCGAUAGACAGAUUUCCGAACCCAGCCCCUCGCUCGCCCUUUCCCCUUUCCCCUUUCCCCUGAGAUGGCAGUUACUGCAGCUAGCCUUGGUGGCGUUUUGCCUCGCCUCUGCUUGGCCUUUGGUCCCCUUUGCACUGCCCCGCCAGCAACUCAAAUGGGCAUAUUUUCACAGGCUCAGUCACGAGAGAAGCCAAAGUUCACAGUUCUCCUCUACUCGCUUCCCGGUUCAACGGUCAACCCGUCCUGCUCGCCCAUUGCUUGCGCUAUACGGUUACAAGUAUGGAGGCAUUGUCGGCAAUAGGAUUGGCUGGCAACAUCAUCCAGUUUGUUGAUUUUGGGGCCAAGUUCAUAUCCAUCCUCGCCGAGAUUUCCAAGAGCCCGACGGGUCGCUUACAAGAGCAUGACGAGCUUGAAGACACAGCCAGGGAUCUGGAACAACAAUCUUCUGCCAUCAACUCGGCGCUCAACACGUCCGGAGACCUGCUGAUGACCAAGCACCUAGCAAAGUGCAAGGCUAUCGCAUCAGAACUCACCCUUCUGCUCGCGGGACUCAAGCAAUCCAAUAAUCAACAUGGGAUUACAGCUGGCUUGCGAGGGUCCAUCCGAGUUCUUCGUUCCAAGGAGGCCAUCAAGGAUCUUGAGCGUCGCCUGAAUCGGACCCGGGAGGCGAUCUUAACCCGACUUCAGGUCCUUCUGUUCGAACAGCGGACGACCCUAGAGAAUUCGUUGCAAACGCUCCAUGAUCGCGAGAAAUCUCUCCAUGAUGCCACAACCAAGCGACUAGAUAACUUGAUUGAUGGUCUCCGGGCCCAGGAAAGCCUCACCAAACAACUCCCUGCCGAUUUUGCCGCCAAUAUUCAGCAAUUCCAGGCAAAGAUGGUAACACAGCAGAUCAUCAAGAGCCUGUACUUUCCUCAGAUCCGAGAACGAGAGUUUGCGAUUCCAGAUGCUCAUCGGACUACAUUCGACUGGAUUUUCGAUAGUCGAACCACAAACUUCUCGUCCUGGCUUCGGUCUCACGGGGGAAUGUUCUGGAUAUCUGGCAAAGCUGGCUCCGGGAAGUCAACUUUGAUGAAGUUUCUGCUCUCACGUCAAAGGACGGAUAGCCUACUACGCGACUGGGCGGGCCAAAAACAGCUCAUCAUGGCGAGCCACUUCUUCUGGAGCCAGGGUACAAAGGAGCAAAGAUCACAGACGGGUCUUUUCCAAACACUCCUUUCCCAGAUCUUGGUCCAGUGUCCUCAGCUCAUCUCUUUCCUCCCCAAACGGAGGCAGCACACCCUGCUAGCAACACACGCCCCAUGGAGCCUGCCGGAGCUUCUUGAAUGCUUUUCUGCCCUGUCGUCUGCUUCGUUGCCCAACACGCGGAUAUGCCUGUUUGUCGAUGGCCUGGACGAGUACGAUGGGGACCAUCGAGAACUUAUCGGCAUUCUCCAGGUCCUAGCCAAGUCCACAAACAUCAAGAUUUGCGCUUCGAGCCGGCCCUGGGUGGAAUUCAUCUCGGCCUUUGGCGAUCUCCAAUGGAAGCUCGCAGUACAGGACCUGACCGGCCACGACAUUCUCACCUACGUCUCGGACAAUCUGAAAUCACACAAAGGUUUCAAGGAACUCUCAUCUCAAGCCGGAAACGGGGCUGAAAAGCUCAUACGGGACAUCACCAACAAAGCACAGGGGGUCUUCUUGUGGGUCUACCUCGUCGUUCGCUCGCUGAUCCGGGGGAUGGGUAACAAGGAUACCUUGCAGGACCUGCAGGUGCGUCUCAACGAGCUGCCGGAUGAUCUCGAGCGGUACUUCACCCUGAUGAUGGAUUCCAUCGAAGGACUGUACCGCCAGAGAACAGCAAAAGUCUUCCGAGUUCUCCUGCAAACCGAGACGACAGUGCCUGUUCUCACCUUCCAUUUCCUGGACGAGGAAGCCGUCAAUCCAGACUAUGCGCUUGGCGACGUUGUCGUCGAUGUUUCAAAGAACCCCGAGGACCUAAAACAACACCAGCUCAUCGCCCAAUGCCGAGAUCUUGUUCAUAUCACACGACUUACUCUAAACACUCCUAUUCCAUUCAAAUACGGGGUGGGGUUCCUCCACCGGACCGUCGCCGACUAUUUCAAAACCCCCGGCCUCGAAGCUCUGCUCAUUGAGCGGUCUGGACAAGACUUUGACCCUCGUCUCUCCCUCUGCCGGUCACUGUUGGCCCAAUUCAAGACCAUCGUCACGGGCAAUAUCGCUAUCCGAAGUGAUGUUGCACAUGCUCUUCUCAGGGAGUUUACGGCCGGAAUCAUCCACUUUACGGUCGAGAUCGAGUACGUGAAUCGCCGCUCCGAGAAAAGGAUUCUCGACAGUCUAGACGCCACCAUUGUGUCCCUGGACGAACAUGUAUCAUGGGCUAUCCUCACCGGCAUCACGGAAUGCCAGACCCUCCUCCAGCUCGCAACCCGAUGCGGCAUGUCCCUCUACAUCCGGGAAACGGCGGUCGACGACGACAAGCGGGGGAAGGCGCUUCUCGCAUCUCUCAAGAACCCCAUCUCGGUCGGAGAGAACGAAAUGAGUCUGUGCCCCUACGAUGACCUCGACCUCAAGAUGGCCAAGGAACUCCUGGCUAGUGGAGCGUCGCCCAACUGCAGGAUCAAACGCGGCCCAGGCAGUGACUACACAGAGUGGGCAACCCCAUGGCUGCACUUCGUCCGGACGCUACAAGACUCCUUCGCGCGCGGUGCCUCCAACCCAUGGGGUAUGGCUCAUCACCUUGACCCCGAUUCCAGGCCAGGCGGCCCCCAGAUUACGCCAAAACCAAUUGCCUAUUCGGUGUGCCACCUUCUCCUAUCAAGGGGUGCCGAGGCGUCGGACGCGGACUGGAGGCUCUUCCAGGAAAACCUCGAUUAUGUGGCGGUCGAGUGA